AUGGGAGAUUACGAUGAGGAGAAGAGAGCUCCUGUUGUGUCUGAAUCUGAUGCAGAAAGAUCCACACCGAUUAAGACUACUACAGUUAACAAAGGAAGACGAGAGUAUCACUGCAAGUCAUGCGUUGAAGGAGUCAGUUGCAGGACAGUGAGGUCAAGAACGAAGCUGAUGAAUGUUUUGAUCGAACGAGGACGGCCUCAUGAGGCGCAAACCGUUUUCAAAACAUUGGCUGAGACAGGACACAGACCGUCUUUGAUCACUUACACAACUCUCCUAGCUGCAAUGACGGUUCAGAAGCAGUAUAGUUCGAUAAGCUCUAUAGUCUCGGAGGUGGAACAGAGCGGGACGAAGCCUGACUCGAUCUUCUUUAAUGCUGUUAUUAAUGCUUUCUCUGAGUCGGGUAACAUAGAAGACGCUGUGCAAGCUCUGUUGAAAAUGAAAGAGCUUGGUCUUAAUCCGACCACGAGCACAUACAACACUUUGAUCAAAGGGUACGGGAUUGCAGGUCGGCCCGAGAGAUCAUCCGACCUGCUGGAUCUAAUGUUGGAGGAGAACAGCAUCGAGGUUAGACCGAAUAUAAGGACAUUCAAUGUGCUGGUACAAGCCUGGUGCAAGAAGAAGAAGGUGGAGGAAGCUUGGAAAGUGGUGCAUAAGAUGGAAGAAUGUGGAGUCAGGCCGGACACAGUGACGUAUAACACGAUUGCAACUUGUUAUGUGCAGAAAGGAGAGACCAAGAGAGCUGAGAGAGAGGUGGUCGAGAAGAUGGUUAUGAAGGAGAAGGCUAAACCGAACGGGAGAACGUGUGGUAUUGUGGUGGGAGGGUAUUGCAGAGAAGGGAAAGUGAGAGAUGGUUUGAGGUUUGUGCGGAGGAUGAAGGAAAUGGGAGUUGAAGCGAACCUUGUGGUCUUCAAUUCCUUGAUCAAAGGCUUCGUUGAGGUCAUGGACCGUGACGGCAUCAAUGAGGUUCUUGACUUGAUGAAGGAGUGUAAGGUGAAGGCAGAUGUAAUCACGUACAGCACUGUGAUGAACGCUUGGAGCUCAGCUGGAUACAUGGAGAAAGCUGCCCAAGUGUUUGAAGAGAUGGUUAAAGCAGGAGUCAAACCAGACGCUCAUGCUUACAGCAUUUUAGCCAAAGGAUACAUCAGGGCUAAAGAGCCCAAGAAAGCUGAGGAGCUUCUUGAGACGAUGGUUGAAUCCAGGCCCAACGUUGUGAUCUUCACCACAGUGAUCAGCGGGUGGUGCAGCAGUGGAAGUAUGGAUGAUGCGAUGAGGGUUUUCAACAAGAUGUGCGAGUUUGGGAUUUCACCAAAUAUAAAGACGUUUGAGACGUUGAUGUGGGGUUACCUGGAAGUGAAACAACCAUGGAAAGCGGAAGAGGUUUUGCAGAUGAUGAGAGAGUUUGGUGUGAAGCCUGAGAAUUCCACCUUCAUGCUGUUAGCAGAAGCUUGGCGUGUUGCAGGACUCACUGAUGACUCGAACAAAGCAAUCAACGCAUUGAAAUGUAAAGACGUAGAGAUAGCGAGAUUAGAGAAGCUUUACCAGAAACAGUCCUCCGGGAAUUUUAAUCUACUACAGAUUCCAGUAGGGAAACGGGAGCUUCCAACUGCAAAAGCCAUGAACCUUUCUGCUUGCAAACUCGGAGCUCGAGUGCCAAUUAUAUGCCAGAAGCAGUACCAAGCUCAGUAUGGGAUCAGUGGGCAGUUUGUGCAUUCUUGUACAGUGUUCUUGAAUUAA